AGGCACUCACUCACACAGACUACACAACACAACAACACAAACACAAAAAUGUCUUCACUGCGUUUGCGUUUACUUCUGCUUCUACUCUUACCAAUCGCGAUUAGCUGCGUCGCAGUCACUCUCACUGACCUCCCCGCAUUUCGAGAAGCUCCGGCGUUUCGAAACGGCAGAGAAUGCUCCAGAACAGUAUGGUCACCGUCGGAUCGCGAACACAAUCCUUCCAUCAUCCAUAUCGCUAUGACUCUCGACGCCAUUUACCUCCGUGGCUCGGUCGCCGGCGUCUUCUCCGUUCUCCAACACGCUUCUUGUCCUGAAAACGUCGUUUUCCACUUCAUCGCCACUCACCGUCGCAGCGCCGAUCUCCGCCUCAUAAUCUCAUCAACAUUCCCUUACCUAACAUACCAAAUUUACCAUUUUGACCCUAACCUCGUCCGUAGCAAAAUCUCUUCCUCGAUUCGUCGUGCUUUAGACCAACCUUUAAACUACGCUCGGAUCUACCUCGCUGAUCUCCUUCCAGUCGCCGUCCGCCGAGUGAUCUACUUCGACUCCGAUCUCGUUGUCGUCGACGACGUGGCAAAACUCUGGAGAAUCGAUUUACGUCGUCACGUCGUCGGAGCUCCGGAGUAUUGUCACGCGAACUUCACUAAUUACUUCACUUCAAGAUUCUGGUCGAGUCAAGGUUACAAAUCGGCGUUGAAAGAUAGGAAACCGUGUUAUUUCAACACCGGAGUGAUGGUGAUUGAUCUCGGAAAAUGGAGAGAAAGGAGAGUCACGGUGAAGCUUGAGACAUGGAUGAGGAUUCAAAAGCGACAUCGUAUUUAUGAAUUGGGAUCUUUGCCUCCGUUUCUGCUUGUUUUCGCCGGAGAUGUUGAGCCGGUGGAGCAUAGGUGGAAUCAACAUGGUCUUGGUGGUGAUAACUUGGAGGGGCUGUGCCGGAAUCUGCAUCCAGGUCCGGUGAGUUUGUUGCAUUGGAGCGGGAAAGGGAAACCAUGGCUAAGGCUUGACUCGAGACGACCGUGUCCGUUGGAUUCGUUAUGGGCUCCUUAUGAUCUGUUUCGUUAUUCACCGUUGAUCUCUGAUAGCUGAUUGUCACAUCGGACGGUGGCAGAUGAUCG